AUGAAAAAGAUCACUUCCAUACGAGACUGUCUAUUAGCCUCUAUAGCAGCUAUUUCAUCCUUCGUGGUAGUGUCAGUAAGGACAUCAGAUUUGAUUUUACAUCGGUUUGGUUGGCCGUUUUUUCUUGGCGGAGCUCUUGGCAAUGGUCUAACUACUCUAACUGAUUCCAGCGAGAACACAUUAGAAACAGUGCUCCGGAGUGACAAACCGGAUUGUUGUUGGGAUGUGAACAAGUCUCCGAGGCGAAAAUUUCGAGAUUGA